AUGAGCAACUCCCUGCUGGUGGUGCAGUUGAACUUUGCAGCUGUUUCACAAGCGACUCUGUUCAGUCGAGACGUCGUCCAGGGCUGCAUUAGAGAAACCCUUCUGCUGCUCUUCAAAGCCUUGGCCUCUGAAAAAACCGUAUUCCUCAUUUUUGCGGGAAUUGGAGUUCUGUCCCUUAAGAACAACAAGGUGCAGAUGAAAUUCAACAGAGAUUUUAUUAAUGCCAUGGAUGGAACCGGUAGACUGCUGCUAGCAUUUAACAACAGAUGUGGCAGCAGUGUUUCUUUACUGUCUGGUGGACUGUCCAGGUUUCAGAGGACACAGACUGCCAACUUCAUCACCCUGCCAACUGUCUGCUCUCCUCAGUCACACAACAAAGCCGGGGACAAAGACGGACGGUGUUCAUCACCAGUUGCAGACCAGAGGAACGCAGGAGGAGUUCCCCAACAGAGAGAGCCUAAAUCCCAUCAGACACCGCAGCCCGCCAAGAUGAAAGCUGUCAGCCUAUCUGAAGAACUAAAUCCAAUACCCCCUAUGGAGGCCACAGACAAGUACUCCACACACAGAGAUACAAAAAACACAUUUAUCAAGAGUCAAACACACACACCUGUAAUCUGGAUAAAUUGUAAACAUAAGAAAUUUCUCAUGAUCCUGCAUGUAAUACAGGAAAGAGAACAAGAAGGAGGAUCAUCCCUGCAGUGUGUAGUGUAUAGCAGUAAAGAAUCUACUCCUGCUUUCAGACCCACCAACUCAGUGGUGCCUCCAAACCUGGAGGAAUAUUUUGUUAACGCGAGCUGCACCGGUCACACUCGGGCUGGACAGGAGCUGUGCUACCUUUGUAUGCAGAGAGCCCAAAGAAAUGUCCCGGUGUAUCUGAGGGAGCAGCAGGAGGCAGCGGAGAAAGCUCAGGAGAAACUCUUACUGCUCAAAGAACAACAGAGAGACCAGGAGUACAUGGAGGAAGAACAGGUAAAGGUCAAGGAACAACGCGAGCUGGCAAAACAGGUUGCUACAUUCAACAUACAAAUUUCAGAGAAGAAGAAGCCUGACGGUGACAUGCAUCCUAAUUCGUACAUAUUCCCAGCUCGACCCCUCACACCUCCCAGGAGGAUUCAGCAGCAUCGAUACAUGAACGAUCUUCAGAGCCAGAUAGGGAACAGACGGAAACAUGAAACAGAAGACCAGCAGAAACGACUUCUGAUGGAGCGCUUAGACCAGGUCCAGCUGAUACAGGAGAUCGCUUUGCAGAAGGCUCAGCAGCUCCAGCAGAAACAGGAGAAAACCAGGCACUACAAGAGGGCUCUGGAUACUCAGGCAAGAAAAAACUUCACAAAGCUGACUUUUAAACUUGAGAGUCUGCAAAAGAUGUUGUGGAAAUGGCUUUCUUGUCCUUGUAUGAUUUCUGUAACACACUCAGUAGUAUCCUUAGAACUGAAAUUAGCCUCUUUGAUUUUCCCUGAGGUGGAGGAUAAGAAGUGCACAGAAACUCCAGCGUUACAGCCCGACAACUUCAGGUUCAGUCGCUGUAGGACAGCAGCCAGCAACACAGAGAACCGAGAAAGAGCCCAGAAGCUCUUCCAGGUGAAUUUCAAUGCUGCCACUGAGAAGAAGAAGGAAGAAUUGCAAAACCGCCAGCAGCAGCUGGAAAAAGAAGGAGAGAUGCUGCGACAAAACAAAAUGGAGUUAAUUCUGGAUCGCAUUAAUCGCUAUGAGAAGAAACGGGACAUCAGUAAGUCACUAGAAGACGACUGGAUUCGUAGUGCGAAGCUCAAACACAAGCGAGAGGAAGAGGAGAGGCAAUUCCUGAGGUCUGCUGGUCAGCUCCUGGUAGAUAAGCUUGCGGAGUACAAGCACUGCUGCCAGUGUAAGAGAAGAACCACCAACUGUGGAGAGACCAACAUCUGGAAAGAGUCUCAUUAUCUUUCUGGCUCUCAGUUCAUGAUCUGAUGACGAACAGUGAAGCCUGCAGCACUACUAGAACAUCAAUACCUCACAGCCCAAACAAGACCUCAACUUUCAACUCAUCAGCCACUAAACAUCUAAACGAUAUGUUCUGCUUAUAUGAAGCUUUGGUGUUACAGUUUGCAGUGCCAUUUGCUGUUUGAAUUGCUCCUUCAUGAAAUCAGUCUUUGGAGUUUAUGCUUGUUGCGCUUUAAUCCUCCAUAGAUUAUAGUUAUUUUUGUUGCUUUUACAUCCCACGACUGCAAGCUACAGAUGUCAGCCAUAACAUAAUCUCUCAGUCUCUUAGAUAUUUUACUCAAACACAUACAGAAACUUCAAAUUUGCUACAGCUCUGUGCUGAAAUGUUCUGAUAGCCUUCAUGGUUAAGACACAUGCCACAUUUACAGCUUGAUUCCAGACCUUGUUGUAUGAUAUUCCCCUGACUUUUUUACCUCUGCAUGAUCCCGCCUAAUAAACAUAAAGAUCAUGAAGUUAUCAGUGUGGGAAAAGUUAACAGCUCAGCCGCUUCUCAUUCUGAGACAGAGAUAACACGCCCUGUUUCUUUUGUGUGUGUUUUUGCAGAAUUUAAAUAAUAUAAGAUCACAGCAGGCUGCACAGUGGAUUGGUGGUUAGCACUUUCACCUUGCAUCUAGAAGAUCCCCGGUUCUCUUCCCGGGAUCUUUCUGCAUGUUCUCCCUGUGCAUGCUGGGGAUUUCUUUGAGUACUUGGUAACUCUAAAUUGUCUGUAGGUAUGAAUGUAAGUGUGAUUGCUUGUCUGUACUUGUAGCCCUGUGAUAGACAGGCAAACUGUCCAAGUGUUCCCUGCCUUCACCUUAAAGGGGAACUUCGGGUUUUUUCA